AUGUACAGUCCAAAGCCGUUGAUCAAACGUAUUUGUAGAGGAUUUUUAGGUCAAUAUUUCUCCAAUAACGUCAAAAAAAUUGAAAUAAGCAAGGCUUUGGUGGUGUCCAAAUUAUCAAGGUAUGAAUAUGAGAGAAAAAAACAUGAGGAACUCACUGAUCAAGAAUUUGAGAAAUUACUUAGAAACAGAGGCACAGAUUUGGUCAAGCUCCUACAUUUCCAUAAUUUGCAUAAGAAAUUUGAAGAAAAAGUGUCAAAUACCUUGAUGAGUAUGGGGAUAGAUGUCAAAGUGGUAAAUAGAUUCAAUUGCACUGGUGAUAAAGUCGAUCAAGCAGACAUAAUAAUACCAACAGGAGGUGAUGGUACCUUUCUGUUGGCUGCAAGCAUGGUCAUGGACAACAAGAAACUAGUUGUGGGGUUUAAUUCAGAUCCAAAUCGCUCAGAAGGAUAUUUGUGUCUUCCCAAAAGAUAUUCGACCAAUAUCCAAGAAGCAAUUGAACGGUUACAAGAAGGAAAAUUUGAGUGGCUGCUGCGUAGUAGGAUAAGAACAACUCUGGUAGUUAGUGAUGAUGACAACUUGGUUCCAAGUUUUUUACAUGAAUUUGAUAGUGAUAGUAAUACAAUUUUUAAGUCCAAAGCAAUAAGGAAGAAUGGAAGAUAUAAUAUUUUACCAGUUUUAGCACUUAAUGAGGUGUUUGUGGGUGAAAAACUAUCAGCAAGAGUAUCACAUUUACAAAUGAGGCUGAAUGGCUCAAUGGAGAAUACUAACAUAAAGUGUUCCGGAAUUUGUGUAUCAACAGGGACAGGAUCUACUUCCUGGCAUUCAAGCAUCAACAGGUUGCCUGUUCAAAGUGUUGCAGAGUUACUCAGAUUAAUUGACAUCAAUUCUGCUGAAAGAAAAGAUAGUCUAGCUACUGUUUUGUCUGAUAUAUACAACAAAAGCUUAAUUUUUCCUCCAGAUGACCAGAAAAUGGGUUACACUAUAAGAGAUCUGAUUUCUGCGGGUGUUUGGCCCCAGCCCAAGGGCAUCAAAUCCAGGGGGUUUGCUUCCAAAAUCGAAAUAAAAUCCAAUUGUUUUGAUGCGUGUCUGGUGGUUGAUGGAGGCGUAUCUUUUUGUUUCAAUGAUGGCACUAUAGCAUUGAUGGAAAUCUUACCAGAAGAUUCACUUAGGACUGUUACUUUCAGAGAUUGA